CCGAGCAAACUUUCUCCUCCGUUCCUCGCUUUUGAGAGGAUCCCAACACUAAACCCGACACAAAUGGCCCGAACGCAUUCCAGCACAACCGGACUCUGUACGAUUGCCAACUUGUGGAGUGGAUCGCGGGGAGUUUAACUUUUAAACUGCUGGACAAGUUGAAGCUGAAGAAUCCGGAUUAGCGUUGUUCCUUUUAAAGGGCGAGUCAAGAUGUCCGUCAGCAACCACGAAAACCGAAAGUCGCGCACAAGCUCUGGCUCCAUGAAUAUUCACCUCUUCCACAAGACGUCUCACGCCGACAGCCUGUUGACGCAGCUGAACCUGCUGCGGAAACGCAAAGUCUUCACAGAUGUGGUGUUGAAGGCUGGGAACCGGGCCUUCCCCUGCCACCGGGCGGUCCUGGCCUCUUGUAGUCGAUAUUUUGAGGCCAUGUUCAAUGGAGGUCUGAGGGAGAGUCGCGACGCCGAGGUCAACUUUCACGACUCGCUCCACCCUGAGGUUCUGGAGCUUCUGCUGGACUAUGCCUACUCAGCCAGAGUCAUCAUCAACGAGGAGAACGCAGAGUCGCUACUUGAGGCUGGCGACAUGCUUCAAUUCCACGACAUUCGAGAUGCUGCCUCAGAGUUUUUGGAAAAGAACCUUCAUCAGUCCAACUGUUUGGGGAUGAUGUUGCUAUCUGACGCUCACCAGUGUCAGAGGCUGUAUGAGCUGUCGUGGCGGAUGUGUUUAGCUAACUUUGCCACACUGUACAGAACAGAGGACUUCCUGAACCUUCCCAAAGACAAAGUUCAGGAGCUGAUUCUCAGUGAGGAGCUGGAGGUAGAGGACGAGAGUCUGGUGUAUGAGGCUGUCAUCGACUGGGUCAAGGCGGACAUGGAGCAGCGACACGGCGAGCUGCCGGAGCUGUUACGAUGUGUCCGCCUGGCGCUGCUCCCUGAGACGUACCUGCUGAAGAACGUUGCUUCUGAGGAGCUGGUCAUGUGCCACAAGGUGGGGCGGGAGAUUGUGGAGGACGCUGUGAGCUGUAAGAUGAGGAUCCUGCAGAACGACGGCAUUGUUACCGGGUUUUGCGCGAGGCCGAGGAAGGUCAGCCAAGCCCUGCUGCUGCUGGGCGGGCAGACGUUCAUGUGUGACAAAAUCUAUAUGAUCGACAACAACACCAAAGAGAUCAUCCCCAAAACAGACAUCCCCAGUCCGCGGAAGGAAUGUAGCGCCUGUGCCAUCGGCUGCAAGGUUUACGUGACUGGUGGUCGAGGCUCAGAGAACGGCGCCUCUAAAGAUGUCUGGGUCUACGACACGUUACACGACGAGUGGUCCAAAGCGGCGCCCAUGUUAGUGGCCCGAUUCGGACACGGUUCUGCAGAGCUGGACCACAUGCUGUACGUCGUCGGAGGACACACCUCUUUAGCAGGGUCCUUCCCAGCGUCCCCGUCUGUGUCCCUCAAGCAAGUGGAGCAGUACGACCCCCAGACCAAUAAAUGGACCCUAGUUGCUCCCCUCAGAGAAGGAGUGAGCAACGCAGCUGUCGUGGGAGCCAAAAACAAACUCUUCGCCUUUGGUGGAACCAGUGUGAACAGAGACAAGUACCCCAAAGUCCAGUGCUUUGACCCUUGCCAGAACCGCUGGUCAGUACCUGCAGCGUGUCCACAGCUGUGGCGCUACACAGCGGCCGCGGUAGUCGGCAACAAUGUGGUCGUGAUAGGGGGCGACACAGAAUUCUCAGCCAGCUCCGCCUACAGGUUCAACAGUGAAACGUAUCAGUGGUCCAAGUUCGGCGACGUGACGGCAAAGAGGAUCAGCUGCCACGCGGUGGCAUCAGGAAACAGACUGUAUGUAGUUGGUGGCUACUUUGGGGCGCAGAGGUGUAAGACACUGGACUGCUAUGACCCAUCAUCGGAUUCCUGGGACAGCGUGACCAGCGUGCCAUACUCCCUCAUCCCCACGGCCUUUGUCAGCACAUGGAAGUACCUCUCUGCCUAGAGGGCGCCCUCUGAUCUGCCUGAAAAGCAGCAGUGUGACAUCAUGAGGAAGAUGAAGAGGAACAGUGCCAGAUACAAGACUGUCAACUACAAUGUACAGAAGCUGCGGUAAUUCUUGUCUCAUGCGACCUCAGAGCCGGACUCGUCGCCGCGCCGCUCACGCUCCCCCCACUCGAGGCCAAUAAGCUGAAGUCUUCUACUCACCAUGAAUCUUAAAAAAAGCGUUGGGGUUCUGCUGUCAGGUGUCAUGCAGUGACAUCGCCGUCGGAGUGAAAUGGACCGUCUGUGUGCCAAAGGUUUGUGGAAGGAGGGAAAACAUUUGGGAAGUGUAUCAUUUGCUGCACAAAAAAAUGAUCUUCCUGUCUGUAUUUUUGGAGUUUGGACUUGGGCUUCCCUCAAUUUUGGUGAGCUAAAUGCAUCUCUUCCUCCUCAAACCAAAACACAAUGUUUCAGACGCGAGUUGUGACUAAAGAAGGUAUUUUUCUGUUUUAAGCUCUUUACUGUUGUGUCUCAGGGUUUUGUACAGUCGUGUUUCUGUGAACGGACGAUUUUGUGAUGUACACUUUUAUACAUUUUCCAUUUUGUGGUGUCUUAAUUGUGUUUGCUGUAAAUUACUGACAUUCAGGGCGGAGGAACCAAGCGAUGCCCAGGACUGUGUAGCCACGUUCUUCUUAACUCACCAUCUCAAGCGGAAGUCUUAUUUGUGUAGGAUCUUUGUCUUCUGAAGUUUUUGAUUUGCACAAUUUGAACUGAGGAUGGUCUAAAUCUUAAAGCUAGUGCGACUAAUCGAGCCUUUUUGUAGCAGAAUUACUACUCAAAUCACUUCUCUCUUUGUUUCUAGUGUGUAGAAGUCUGUGUUGCUGGAUUGUAAAAGCUAUUUCUGACUGACUGUUACUUCUACUCAUCAAAUAAAUAUUA